AUGCCUCGAAGUAUAAUUGGUUUGCCUUUGGAAAAUGAAUCAGAAAAUCAAAUAGUUUUGACUGAUGCUAAUCAAGCCAAUGAGAUAAUUACUGUAAAUGUAAUUGGAAAUGGAAAUGGAUGUAACAACGACAAUUCAAAUUCGUUGAGUGUUUUCAGUGAAUCCCAAUUAAGAGAUAUAACUGAAGUUCUUGAAAUUCAAAGUCGCACUUCUGGAUUAGGUGAAAGUUGUUCAAAUUCAUGUUAUUCAACAAGCUCAUCAUCACUUCCAAGUAACGAUAAUGGGUCAGAUCAAAUCACCGAAACUAAUCAAGUGAUUUCAUCUUCAUCUCCCUCAUCCCCGACAUCAGCAACAGUAACAGUUUCAACUUGUCCAUCUUGUGGCUCUGAAAAUGUUGACCCAUGUUUGAAAUCAUCCUUGUCAUCAGCCUCAUCUUCAUCGACAUCAUCUCCUCAUCACAGGUAUUCAAAUGAAUUAUCGUCAUCCAAAAAAUGGAAAUCAUAUUCGAGACCAGAGAUGAUUAACUCUAAAUCAUCAUAUCGAUCAUCGCCUUAUAAAAUUAAAUCUCAUUGUACGAACUCUUCAUUCAAACAAUCAUCUCGUCAUCAUGGUCACUCACAUCAUCACCAUCACCAUGGGCAUCAUCACAACCAUGGUCACCAUCGUCUCAAUACUCGGUCAUCUUCAAAGAAACACUCGUUAUCAUCUGAACUUGAAAUGAUUAGAUCAAAAUCCAAAUCAAAACGAGAUCGAUAUUCGUGUUCAAAGUUAUCAUCAAUCAAUGAUAGCGGUCGUUGCCAUGUUUGUAAGCAGGUUGGACAUGAUGAAUCGCGAUUACAUUCAUUUAAUCAACGAUCGUCCUCCUCAUCAACAAUCAAAGGAACUGAUUGUCCCUAUUCACUGACCAAAAGCAAUUACGAUGACGAUCAUCUCAUGUCCCAUCUUUGUGAUAUCGAUAGUUGGCAUCGCCGUCGAAAAAGAGAAACACUAAAGAAAAAAGAACGAGCAAUUAUCGCCAUUCUAUCCAUUAUUGCGAUUCUCAUCUUCAUCGCUAUGAGUUAUUUUGGAACGAUAUUAUUUUUAAGGAUAACAACGAUGCCCAUUUCAUGA